CAGACGGGACCCAGUCCCCACUCCGGACCUCUCCCAGACCAGCGUCCAACUCCACCACAUGUCGCCCUUCCCGACCCACCUGGAUCAGCGGAGAAUCCCACCGUCCGUCGAAUCGCAGUUCCUGAUCAUGGUUCGUUCCUUGUGGUCGUAACAAUUUGGGACCCGAGUCCGACUGUCCGGAGGUGCUCAAGACAAAGGACUAAGCCGGAGAUUCCGGGAAAGGUGGGCUGCAUCUCGAGGGAGACCAGGGUCCAAGACCCACCAUGUCACUCUGCGCAGACCGGUCCAACUCCACCCACGAUUUCCAAGACGACCUGUCGCCAGCGCUAAGCAUCUUGUCCCAGAUCUUAUUCUUCCUCAGCAUCCUGCUGGGCGUCCCCGGCAACGGCGCGGUCGUCUGGGUGACGGGCUUCAAGAUGAAGAGGAACGUCCACACGGUGUGUUUCCUGAACCUGGCUGUGGCGGACCUGACCUACUGCCUCACCCUCCCCUUGCAGCUGGCCGGCUUCUCGGUUGAAUCCUGGCGCCGAGACCACCUCCUCCAGAUGUUCCUCCUCUGUGCCGUCAAUCUUAACAUGUCCUCCAGCAUCUUCCUGUUGACCCUGAUCAGCAUCUCUCGCUGCCUGGCCGUCACUCGGCCCAUCUGGUUCUGCCAACACCUGCGCCUGGCUUGGGUGCGUGCGGCCUGCUUCGGGGCCUGGGGCCUGGCCUUCCUCACCUGCCUGCCCAUCUUCCUGUCCUGGCUGAUUGACCCGCAUCUCGGGGACAAGGCCUGCGUCUCGUUGCAGGUAGGUCGGGCCGUCUUCACCUUCGGCCUCCCCGUUGUGAUCAUGGCCUCCUGCUACCUCCUGAUUGCCCGGGAGCUGCGCGGGAAACAGUUCUCCAAGUCCAGGAAGCCCGUCGUCCUCAUCGUGACCGUGGUGGCGGCUUUUAUCAUCUGCUGGCUUCCCAUCACUGUUUGCCGCCUUCUCCGGGCCUUUCAACUUGUUCCCACGCUGUGGAUGUUCUUUACCUUUCACUUGGCCUCCUUCAACAGCGCCCUCAACCCCCUUCUCUACGUCUUCGUCGGCCGCGACGUCCGUCAGGUCUUCAGGCGCUCCCCAGCCGCCACGCUCCGCCUGGCCUUCGCCGACGAGGAGGUCAGAGUUGGAGAGCGACCCUGUGACUCCGCCGUCAACAUGCCGAGCGACAUCCCCUAACGACGGUGAAGGAUGAAGUUCGCCAGCAAAGUGGUGGUGGUGAUGGUGGUGGUGGGGCGGGGGGGUUCUCAGCGGUGGUCUGUCCACACGAUUUGUCCAACCUCUCCUUACACCUAACACUCUCUAACCUGUGAAUCUUUUCUGCACCCUCUCCAAAGCCUCCACAUCCUUCCUGUAACCUGACGACCAGAACUGCACGCAAUACUCCAAGUGCCCGCUAACUAGAGUUUUCUACAGCUGCAACGUGACUUCCUGACUGUCAGAUUCAACGCCCCAACUAAUGGAGGCAAGAGUGCCGUACGCCUUCCUCACCACCCUGUCUAAUUGUGUGGCCACUUUCAGGGAGCUGUGGACUUGGAUCACAGGAUCCAUCUGUACAUCAGUGAUGUUAAGGGCCCUGACAUUAACUGUACCCUUUCCCCGGCCAUUUGACCUCCAAAAGUGCAAACCCUCACACUUGCCAAGAUUCAACUCCAUCUGCCACUUCUCUGCCCACAUUUCUGUAGCUGAUCGAUAUCCUGCUUCAUCCUUUGACAACCUCCCACACUGUCCAGAACUCCACAAUUUUUUGUGUCGUCUCAAACUUAACAAUCAGCCCAGUUACACUUAGAACAUCGAACAUGGAACAGUACAGCACAAUACAGGCCCUUCGGCCCACAAUAUUGUGCCGACCUUUAUACUUCGCCUAAGACGACCUAACCCCUUCCUCCCAAAUAUCCCACUAUUUUAACUUCCUCCAUGUGCCUAUCUAGUAAUCCCUUGAAUUUGAACAAUGUACCUACCUCCACCACCACCCCAGGCAGCGCAAGACUUCAAAACUUUUUUUAUAAAUGCAAAAUCAGAAAGCAAAUUAU